GUACUUUCUUAUCGCCUAUAUUACUCAGUCAGGGUUAUCUUUUUGGAGAAAGUGCGGCUGCAGAUCUCCUCUCGCGCAAUCCUACUUUGUCAAGCUCCAGACUUCGGGCAAAAAUAUAAACAAAACAGAGAAAGAACUCAGAGCCAGAGUCAAAGCUGUAAUCAGUAAUUCCGCAUAGUUUUCUGUUAAAUGCAACAACUAUAUCGUCCCCAAUAAUAGCAAUGGCAAGCCCUCCAUCUCAAGACACAAAAUGCAUACGACUUCAGUGCACCGGAAAAUAUGAGCACGAUCAGUGUCAUAUUCUGCUUCCCGAACUCAAACACCAAUCUCAUUAAUUUGUUUGGAUUUGUUUUGUUUUUUGUUUUUCUUAUUUGACUCUUAAUCUGUCAAGACCAUGUUUAAUGAGGGAUCCGAUGACAGCCUUCCAAGUACAUCUCAAUUGCUUAGCUCUUCAAGCAUUGAGUGUGCCAAUGGACAGCUUCGUGAAUCAGACCGAGAGCAUCAACCGAUCGUCUCACCAAAUAAACAUCAACGAUCGACGCAUUCGAUCAGUAAUAGCGAGCGUCAUGGAUACUCUAAAAUGGCAUCUUCCUCUACGACCUUCGAAGACAGUAUGACCGAGAUUAUUAUGGACGAUGCUGCCACUGAUAGUGAACCAACUUCGGCUAUUCUUGACUAUUGCAAGAAAAAGUUUCUGCGACCCUAUAUGACAAUACUCGCUCUAGUGGGGUUAAAUCCGAUCUCAACCGAAACAACGCAAUUAAAAGCCUGCUUGAGCUAUUUGCAAGCUAUGAUUAUCAUGGUCAUCAUAUGUCUUGGAUAUUUUCUUCAAUUUCUAACAGCUUAUAGGGGAGACAGAGGUUUCUGCAAUGAUAGAAAGGAAGCAUCAAAUCUAACAAGCUUCCGUCAGAUGACCCUUCAUAAUUGGGGUGAAAUUAUUUUCGGUUAUAUAAUACCGAAUGUACUUCAUCUUUUGGGAUUUGUGACGGCAAUUUUUGUUUGUAAAGUCAUCGAUAAUGAACAGCUGCAAAAUCUAAUUGAGCGGGUAUUUUUGAUGUCGAUGAAGCCCAAGCGACUUUGUACGAUACUUUGGUUGUAUGUUGGACUGGGAUUGGGAUUUUUGACACUUCUUUUGGCAUAUGUCAUACCUUCGGUGCUGAUGCAGUUGCAGAUUGUACAAGUUGCUUGGAUGCCAAUGGACUUGGAGGCAUAUGAAACACCGAUUAAGAUUGCUCUUCUUUGUACCAUUUUCACUCAGGACCUAGUGGAAAUAGUCAUCCUGACAAGUUACAGCAUCGAGUGUUAUUUGCUAAUGGUCCAUUUACAAACACUUUCCCAAAAACUUAUUAUGCAUUCCAUAGAGAGCUUGGAUUGGAUGAAGGAAGUUUUGGAAUUUCGAAAACUUUUAGAUCACCUCAACAACAAAUUAUCACUUCCAGUGUGUUUCUUCACUGUAAUGAAUCUCUCCUAUGCCCUAGCCGGGAUGGUAUACCUCUUCAAGGACUUCGACAUCCAAUACACCGAAUUGAAGGUGAUCAUAUUGAAUAUCGCAAAUGUCCUUCUAUGGCUUCUGAUGGGUCUCCUGCCAUUCUUCACAGCCUCAUCUGUGACACGUGUUUGUCAAUUGGCCCAAGCUAACGGCCAUCACAUCCGAAUUCGACCAUUUGUCUAUCGCAAUACUUCAGCUGAUGAUCUCAACUCGACACUACUGUUUGCAUCAUCAUUGGAUAUGUCCGCAAAGUUGUUCCGCAUGCCAAUUCAGCAAAACUAUCUUUGUUUCGCCAUCUUAAUAAUAUCCAUUGUAACCCUUACACUGGGGAUGUGCCUGAACUUUUCCAUGGAAAUAUUCUAAAAAUGUCGUCAAAGUGCUGUUAUGUUGUAUAGUGUAUGUUAUUUAUACGGUGUAUUAAUAAAAUCCCCUUGUAUUUUUUUUCCUGUA